UUGUUGUCAUUGUCCAGCUGUUUUGCUGUACCUUUUGUCUUGCUGUUUCAUUGUUACAGCGCCCUUCAGGGCAAUUAGGACUGUCCGCAACAGGGCUGGGGAAAUCUAAAUAAAAAGCGAAAUGCGAAACUUUUCGCGCUGAAAAAUGUGAAGAAAGCGAAAGAUGCGAAAUGCGAAAUGCGAAAUUAGCCCAGCACUGGUGCGCAAGUUUUUACGUUGCGGACUGUCCCCAGACUUCAAAUUUCUCAAUUUUAGAAUUUAUCUAAAAUUUUCUUUCCAUUCUAGGCCAGAUUUUUUAUUUAUUUAUCGUUAGUUAGUAGAGAAUUGUAAAUCAACGUUUUCGAGUGAUUAGCUGAGAACAACACCAAUUAUUAUCAGCAAACUAGCAUAGCCAAGAUGGGUGUGUUAACAUUAAACAUCGAAUGCCAUGAAAAGGCUAUCAAGAAAACAAUGCAGUUUGAACCAAGGACGCUCGUCCACGACGCUUGCCGAAUGGUUAGGGAUAAAUUAGGUCCAAUGCAUGGAAAUCCUAACGAUUACGGCCUUUUUCGGGUAGAAGAUGACCCAACAAAGUGUGUUUGGAUGGAAAAUGGGCGAACUUUGGAAUAUUAUUUGAUUCGUAAUGGGGACACGUUGGAAUACAAAAACAAAAUUCGGUCACUUCGAGUGAGAACAUUAGACGGUGGAGCAGUCAAAACAAUUUUUGUUGAUGAGUCACAACCAGUUUCUCAAUUAAUGGUUGUUAUUUGUUCAAAAAUGGGUAUUGCAAAUCAUGACGAAUAUUCACUUGUUCGAGGAUUUUCCCCUGCAUUAGAUGGAAAUGAUGAGAAUGGCUACGGACGUGAUCAACAUCAACAAAUUCAAAGAAAUGACAGGGAAAGAACCCCAUAUUCAAACGGCACAGAUCAAUAUGAUGGGGGAACAAGAAGCUACCAGAAAGGAAAAGGGGGUAUAGAAAAUACUUUUAUGAAUACAAUUGGGCGUAAAAAGGAACGUCAAAUACAGCAAUUAAGAGCAAAACUACACACAGAAGAAGAAAUUCAUUGGGUUGAUCAUUCAAAAACUUUACGUGAGCAAAAUAUUGGCGAUAAUGAAGAAUUAACUUUAAGAAGGAAAUUUUUCUUUUCUGAUACAAAUGUGGAUACAAGAGAUCCUUUAUAUAUUCAAUGCCGUGAUGGAGUUCUUCGUGGUUUACAUCCAGUUAGUAGAGAUACGGCAAUUAAAUUGGCAGCGUUGCAAUGUUAUAUUGAAUAUGGACCUUUUGAAGAAGGAAUACAGAGAAAUGUUGAUGCAAAAAAUUUAUUGCCAAAAGAAUAUUCGAGGGCGAAAGAACUUGAAAAAAAUAUUAUACAAGAAUAUCGUGAAUUAAUUUAUGAAGAUUCUGCUGCCCCAAAAAAGAAAUAUUGUGAAUUAUGUCAAUCAUUGCCAACUUAUGGAGUUUCCUUCUUUUUGGUUAAAGAAAAAAUGCCCGGGAAAAACAAGCUUAUUCCACGUUUAUUGGGCGUUAAUAAAGAAUCUGUGAUGCGUGUGGACGAACGAACUAAAGCCGUUUUGAAAGAAUGGCCAUUAGAACAAGUACGUCGAUGGGCUGCUUCAUACAAAACUUUCACCUUGGAUUUUGGUGAUUAUAAAGAUGGAUAUUAUUCUGUUCAAACAUUGGAAGGCGAAAGAAUUGGACAACUUAUUGGCGGUUAUAUUGAUAUUAUAUUAAAGAAAAAAAGAAUUGUCGACCAUACUGGAAUUGAAGGAGAUGAAGGGGCAACUAUGGAUAUUGUCGCUCCAGCGAGGGCAACAUUGCUUGCCCAUAGCGAGCCGACACCGAUAAUUGCUCAAGAACCGGGAGGUACAAUGUAUGGAAUUUAUAGGCCAGAAACUGGAACUCCUCCACAGGCACCCCAAUAUGGAGGAGUAAGUGGAAUGAUAUUAGCACAGAGAAUGCCUAAAGGUGAAGAUAUUCGUUAUUUGGAUUCUAGAGAAAGGAGCCAACGAGCGCUUGUGGGAACUAUUGAAGCGACUAUAAGGGCUGUUGAAGAGGCUGAAGAGGAAAUUGCCAAACCCCCACAAAUUGAUCUUCCAAGGUUUGGAGAAACUCAACGUCAUUGGAGGGUAGAAGUUGAAAAGGAAUCUGUUGGUGAUAGAUUGGCGGCAAUGGGUGCUGCUACAGCUGAAGUAGUACAACUGACAGCUAUCCCGGAAGAAUCAGCUGUCGAUACUCGUGUAGGGAAUGCUAUAGCCACAAUUGGUUCUAACCUUCCAGAAAUGGGUCGGGGAGUCCGUGAAUUGGCGGCUCUAAUGCCUGAUGAACAUCGUGCUGGCGAUUUAGUCGAUGCUGCCCGAAAACUUUGCAAUGCUUUUGGAACUUUCCUGGAUAAAGUUCACCCAGAACAUCAAGAAAAACGUGCAAAUAUUCUUUCUGCAGCCAGCCGUGUUGGUGAACUUUCUAAUGAUGUUUUAAGUACAAUUCAAGAGAGGACUGAGGAAGAGCUUUCCUUCCAUGAUGAACUCAAUAGGAAGGCUCGUGCCGUUGCAACAAGUACAGCACAGCUUGUAUUGCAAGCAAAAACGGUUUCUGCUGACUGUGAUGACCCUGGACUAAAAGAUCAAGUGAUCCAAAGUGCAAUGAAGACAGCAUAUGCAACUUCGGAAUUGGUUGCAUGUACCAGAGUUGUUGGUCCAACAAUCGAACAUCCACCAUGCAAAGAACACUUAACGGAUGCAGCACAUUGCGUAGCUAGAGCAGUUCACGAACUUUUGGAAGAUGCAAGCAAAGCCUCACAACAAGCUCCACCUGAAAAAGCUGAAAACUUUGAGCAUUUACGUGAAUCUGCGUCACGUGUUACUAAUGCUUUAGAUGAUAUAAUUGGACAUGUGCAAGGCGGUCCUUGGGGAUAUCAUCGGAAAACGCAACAGGAUUACACAUUUGAACAAAUUGUUGAGUCGUCUAAUCGUAUAUUGGCACAUCCCGGAGGUGCUCCUCCUGAAUUAUUCCGUUAUUCUGAAACAGCAAUUCGAAAUUCACAAAUGUUGGUUGAUGGAAUGGAACAGGAAGCUAAUAAACUCGAUUCAGUUCAACAAAGGGAGAAGUUACUGAAUGCAGCACGUUCUGUGGCGCAAGCAACGAGUUCAAUGAUUGAUGCUACCAAAGAAUGUCAAAAUCGUCCGGGAGAGGCUGAACCGCAGCUAGCGCUUAAAAGUGCAACGUCACAACUUGUUCAGGCAACUAACCAUGCGACGAUUGAUAGACAAAUAAGACAAACAAUACAACAAUUGGAAAAAGUGGCCAAAGAAGUUGCGUCUGCCACUACUCAAACAAUUGCUGCUGCAAAUUCGGCUCGCCCUCAUAUUCACAACGAACAAUUCCUUCACGUUUUAGUCCAAGAAUGUGUAAAUACUGGUAGAUAUGUCCCUCCAUUGGUUCAGAGAAUCAAAGAAAAUCAAAAUGCUAAAACUCCUGUUGAACAUUUUAAGGCGCAUGUCGGAUUAAUUCAUGAAUGUCAAGCUUUUGUUCAACCAUCUGCAAAUUUGGUAGAUCUUAGUCGAUCAGCUGUUCCUUAUGUAUAUGUUGCUGAAUUGAGAACAGCAGUAAAUAAUGCACAACAAUUAGAUUUUGAACCUUAUCUCGAACAUUCUGAAGAAUUUAUAAAUUCAUUGGAUCACAAAUUACAACAGGUUGCCCAACAAAUUCGUUCAGGAUAUCCAGUUCAACAUUCCUGUUCUUCUCUUGAUAUUGAAGGGACUACAAAUUCUCUGAGAAAACAAUCGAGAUUAUUAAAUUCUGCGGUAGCCCAAAUGGUUUCUGCAGCAUAUGCUUCUGAACGCCGGCGAGUAAGUAUAGCUUCUAUGGAGCUUGUGCAGUCACUUGGAGAUUUUACUGAAUCAGUUACGGACGUCGUUGCUGCACGACAAGAACAAAAAAGGGAUUUAAUUUCUUUGGAAAGUUUAAUUUUGAAUGCGAGGUCUGUAGUCCAUGAUUCAAGCCGUAUUUUUGAUCGUAUUCGUGAGCGUAACUCCCAACAAUUAGAAGAAGCAGCUAGAACGGUAACUGAGUCGCUCAGAAGAACACUAGCUGCACUUCCUGGCGAUGUACACGUUGAACAGGCUAUUGAAAAGUUGCGCAAUCUAACAACAACAUCAAUCUCAUCACCAUCUUCGCCAACAUCCACAAAUCUUCGAGCAUCUGCCAAUCAAUUGGUUGAAGAUGCUGAUCGUCUUCUACAUUGUGUACAUUCUUCAGAAACUGAGAGCCAAAAAGGUGUGGAACGCUUCUCGAACAGCUUUGGACAAUUUUAUUCAAUUAUUGCUGACCUUGCGCAAAGACAAAAUGAACGUAGGAACCAAUCUUCUCUUGAUGGAUUAAUUAAUAUCAGAGAUGAAGCAAUUGAUUUGUUGGACCGAUUCAGAUUUUUACAAGCUGAUAAAAGCAAUAUUUCGUUGUCUCAAGCACUUUCAACAUCCUGCCGUCAAUUUUCUCUUAAUGUUUGGACUUUAGUAGAGCUUGUAGAAACUCAUGGUUCGGGCAGUGCGUGGGUCCGAGAGUGUGAUCAAGCUCUCCAAAAAAUUAAAGCCAUCAGACAUCUCUUCGGCCCAGAAGAAAAAUCAUCAGCACCCUAUACAUUAAGCAUACCUCUGAAUGGAAAUAGUUAUUAUGAGUCUUUAGCUGAAGUUACAAACGAAGCACGAAAUUUAGGAGAUGGAAUGAACGGUUUGGCUCAUUAUGCUAGAAGAGAUGAUACUGAACAACUUUGUCUUGCUGUUCGUAAAGUGGCAGAUGCAGUUUGUGGAUUGGCAAAGAAUGCUGCUCAAUCUGCUUAUUUAAUUGGUGUUGGAGAUACUUCAAGUGAACCUGGACGAGCUGCAAUUUAUGAUGUCAACAAAUAUCAAUAUUCUAUAGAAUCACUUCAGCAGGCAAUUGGUCGUCUAAAUAAUUCGAUUAGUUCUGGUGAUAAACAGCAAUUAUUGGAUAAUGUCUCAACAUUCACUAUGCAUAGUUCUGAUUUAGCCAGUAUUUGUCGUGAUGCUUCAGAAAAAUCUGCAAAUAUUAGUGUACGCUCUAAACUUGUUAAUAGUGCUGUUGAACUGACUAGUAUAACUGCUGCUUUAAUAACUGCAGUUAAAAAUAUUGAUAAAAAUUCGAAUAAAGAAUUUGAUGAGUGUUUACUUCAAAUAAACAAGCUGCGUUCUUCUGUGGAUAAUUUACAAAAGUUUUUGGAUAAUCCCGAUUUUGGACCCAUUCCAGCUAAAAUUUCUGUUGCUGGAAGACAGGCACAACAACCACUAAUUGGAUCAUCAAGAAAAAUGUUGGAUGCUAGUUCUGAAAUGAUUGGAACAGCAAAAGCUUUAAACGAGAAUCCUUCUGAUGCAUCUAUUUGGCAACAAAUUGCGAACAAUUCCAGUAUUGUUUCUGAAUCAAUCAAACAUUUGGUAGCUGCAAUACGUGAUGAAGCUCCAGGACAGGCUGAUUUGGAUCAAGCUAUUAAUAUUCUCAGCCAACUAAUUCAACAAGUAGACAAUGCUUUUAUGGCAGCAGCACAUAAUGAACAACCUAGAGUUGAAGCUACUACGGAAAGUACACAUCAACAAAUAUUACACAGUUUACGCCAGAUGCUUGACAUUAUAGAUCCUUUAAAAAUUGCUGCUAUAAGUCAUGCAGAAGCUAUUGGUCGUAAUGUUCGUCAACAAUUAGCAUCAGCCCAAACAUUGGCUCAAGCUUGUAUUCAAGCUGCAUUACUCUCUUAUGAUUCUCGUACACAAGCAAAUGUAUUUGAACAGUGUAAAACUGUUUUGGAAUCAAGCAUUCAAUUAAUGUUUGCCACUAAAGAUUCUGGGGGUAAUCCAAAGGCUGUGGAGUUACAUACAAUUGUAGAAGAGAGUGCUGAACAACAACAAUCAGCACUUCUUGACUUGCAACGUUUAAUUCAACAACUUGAUUCUGAAAAUGGUUUGGUUAGUGGUCUUAUUGAUGGAAUUUCUCGUUCAAUUGCUGUUGCUGAUAAAACACAACAAGUUUCUCCUGGAGAUUCGUUGGCCGAUAUACAGGCUCGAAUGGUUUCCCUUUUAAAUAUUAUUGGUCAAACAGCGUCAGAUGUCCCACUUUCUAAACCAACUGAAAUGGGCCAACUUUUCCUUCAAUUAGACGAACAUUUUCGGUCUUUGUCCGAAGAUUCACGAGUUGCACAAAGUUUGAUGAGUUCUUCAGAAUUAGGACAAAGGCUUAAAUCAUGCGUACAAAAUUUGGGUAUGGCUUGUAUUGAAUUGGUAAAACUUGGUGCUAGGCGACGAAAUUUCCCUAACGAUCAAAGAAUAUUUAAUCAAUUAUCACAACAAUCAUCAGUUAUUGAAGAACGUAUUCGAGAGAUACUUGUAGUUCUUUCAGAAGGUGCGCGUGGGACACAAGCUUGCAUUAAUGCCGCCCAAACAGUUUCUGGCAUCAUUGGUGAUUUAGACACAACAAUAAUGUUUGCUACGUCUGGAUCUUUGAAUCCACCUACUGCCCAACAUGAAGUUACAGCUGUUUCCCCACCUGUAGUUGAUCACCGUGAUGUUAUUCUCAGAACUGCUAAGGCGCUCUUUGAAGAUACAAAAGCUUUGGUGAGUGGGGCAGCGUCCAAUCAAGAACAAUUGGCAGUUGCUGCUCAAAAUUCUGUUCGCUCAAUUCUUCAAUUAACAGAGGCCGUAAAAAGUGGGGCUUCUAAACUUUCCCCAGAUUCCACAGAAGCUCAAGUCAUGAUGAUUCAUGCAGUUCGUGACGUUGCAUCAGCUCUUUCUAAUCUCAUACAAGCAACAACACAUGCUUCGGGAAGAAGUCCAAACGAUCCGGCCAUUGGAAACUUAAAAGAAGCUGCAAAGGUUAUGGUUUCGAAUGUUAGCAGUUUGUUAAAAGCAAUCAAAACGAUCGAGGAUUCAUCUCAACGAGGCGCUCAAGCAUUGGAAGCAGCGAUUAAUGCAAUUGAUUUGGCUGUUAAGCAAUAUAAUAAUAAUGAAAUGCCUAUUCGUCACGCAGCUAAUGGUGAAGAUGUUAUUCGAGCAAGUCGUGCUACCACAGUUGCAGCAGAGAAAGCUGCCGGUUCUGCCUCACUUUUACACCAAGAAAAUGUUAUUGCAGCGGCAAAUUUGGCCAGACAAUCAGUUGGCGAUUUACUUGGAACAGUUCGAACAGCCUCAUUAAAUGCUACUAAUCCCGAUUUAAAAUAUAAAAUGUUAAAUUCUGGGAGAGAAGUAGCUCUACAAUUAAAGAAUUUGUUGGUUAAUAUUUUACAACUUUAUUCACGUCCUGACCAUCCAGCAACGAAACAGGCUGUUUUAACUGCUGCUAAAGAAAUUUCUAAAUUAGUCGGACAAUUGUCUUAUUGUGGCGAACAGUUACACUCUUCAAGUCCAAAUCCAGAAGAGAAACCUCUACUUUUGGCAGAAAAUGAAUUAUUAGGUGCUGCUAGUUCAAUAGAGGCGGCGUCCAACAAACUUUCACAGAUGCGACCACGUCAAGUUCAUAAAGCCGAUGAGGAUCUAAAAAAUUUACCUUUUGACGAACAAAUACUUUCUGCUGCAAAAUCAAUAACAACAGCUGUACAAAUAUUAGUUAAGGCAGCUUAUAAUGCCCAAAGAGAACUUAUUUCUCAAGGACGGAUGUCAGAACCAAGUGCAGUUUUGACUAAAGAUGAACAAUAUUGGACUGAAGGACUUGUUUCAGCAGCUACACUUGUUGCUGCAGCAACUAGUAAGUUAUAUACGAAGAGAAUACCUAUUAGGGAAAAUCCUUUUUGUAGGGAUGAGCUGACCCUUCGGAAUAGGGUUGCCAAAAUGGCCCGACUCGGACCGAAAGAUCGAGUCGGGCCUAGGAUAUUUGGCCCGAAAAAGACUCGUUUGACCCGACUCGAUAAAAAUGAGGCCCGAAAAAGACUCGUUUGA